UAAACAUGUUGCCACACUGAUAUUCAACAUCCACACUGCCGAGAUAUAACAAGUGAGAGUGGGACCAGCAUCACACAAGCGCGUCUAAAGCGAUUUGACCGCAGAGAAAUGAUAGUCUUCAUGGUGUUAAUACGUAUUGUUCAUUCCUGCUAUGCACAAAAUGAACCUUUUGUCUACCCAAGCAUUGUGGAGGAACGUAUGGCUACAAAAAAUUUGGUAGUGCGACUAAAUGACGAGUUCAUCCUGAACCUCGAAAAGAGCUCUGUCUUGGCGGACAACCUGCUUUUUGUUACAAGGAGCAGCACUGGACAUAGCUACAAAACGAUGGACACGUCUGGAAUCCAAAAUAACUUGUAUCACGAUUCGCAUCAUCAGUCCUCUCUGUAUGUAACCCGUGAGGAUGGAGUUCUGCAAAUGGCAAGCAUUAUCAACCAUAAGCUGCGGAUAAAGCCUCUACUUCAAAGCGAGCGUUCGGCACAAGGACAGGUGCUUCACAAUAUAUACGAAGUUCAAGAAAUAAGGGCAGUCCUCGAAAGUGCGAUGGCGUUUCAUCCCGCUGAGCUGAGAACUCUGCAAAGCGGGAUACCCACCCUUCGGUAUCCGACGACUAGAGCCCCGAGAACCGUUGACAAUUUUACAGUGGAGCUUCACAUUAUUUCCGACGAGGAGCACCAAAGCUCGUUUAGAAAUGAAAAGGAUUUGACAAUUUACCUCGCAGUCAUGACGAAUGCGGUAAACAGAAUAUUUGUUGACAUGAAAAUGCCCAGCAUCGCAUUCAAGCUUGUCGGUAUCACCAAAAGUACGGAUGAUACAUUUGCAAGCAAUUUUUUAGAUACUGCGGAGGCAAUGGAAACGCUGGAGCGCCUGGUGGAUUAUGCCGAAGCCAAUAAGAUUCUUGAGACCUCCGACCUCGUUUAUCUCGUCACCAACCGAAACCUGGCAAGACUUCGUAAUGGAACUGAUACAGGAGCACUCACACUAGACAAAGCGGUAGCAGGACUUGCGUACGUCGGCACAGUAUGCACCAGGGCGGCAGUCGCUGAAGGCGAAGACAUUGCCAAGUCAUAUGUGGGCACCCUCACGAUGGCUCACGAGCUCGCCCACUCGUUAGGAGCCACGCACGACCCUAACAACAACUCCGACUGCUCGUGGGCUCACGGAUUUCUCAUGAGCUACGAAGACAACGGAAGCAACAAGUUUCGGCUUUCUAAGUGCAGCAAAACAAGUAUACAAAAUGUUGUAGAGAGGCUCUCGGACACAUGCUUACUUGAAAAAGCAAGCAAAGUAUAUACCGUUGACGACAUGAAACUGCCUGGUGACAGAAUCGUACGAAAUUAUUUCUGCAGACUAGCUCUUCAAAAGAAUUCUCGAGGCUUCUUCAACUUUCAACAGGAUCCUGACAAUGAUUGUAAGUUGCGGUGUUACUUUUAUAAAGUCAAUGGAACAGUCACUCAGACAUGGUACAUGACCUUCGAUAUGGUAGAAGGAAUGUGGUGUGGCGGCAACAAGACCUGCCAAAGAGGAAUAUGCACCGAAGAGGCGCCUACGUCAUGAUAAUAAAAAACAAACAUAAUAAAUCUAGCCACAUGUGGCGACAGCGAGACGUACUCACCAUCACAGAUUCAAUCUUCACUGUAAUACUAAUAAAUAAGUUUACUCAACCCAACAUGAGCUUCCAGCACGUUUUGCGCACUGUUCAGCCUUUUCAAUUCAAGGCGCAU